UUCACUUUCCGCUCUCGACAUCACAACGCUCUCCAACCACAGACCUAUUUUCAUGAUAUGCUUAUGUCUAAGUCUAUCAUCAAUCAAUCUUAAGUAUAGUACCUUGCUUUUCCAUUUUGAUUUUUAACCAUGUUGGAUGAGUAUUUGAAACCCGUAUUUGUUUUUCUUGAGGCGCAUCGGGAAAAGAUGGCGUCUUACGUUGCUGGGCUCUCCGUGGACGAGGCCCGUUGGAUUCUGGUUGCGUUCGUGCUCACCCAGUGGAUCCUUCACACAUCCAUCAACUUUCUCAACGUGGCCAACCUCAAUAAGCCUCUGGACCCGUUAAUCCCGAAGCUCUACGGAGAGUCCGUGCUCCAGAAAUACGAAAAGAGCAAAGCAUAUAUUCGGGUACUUGAUGUUUUAUUGCCCGUUCACAUUGUUCAGGUGAAGUACUUACCGCCAACGCCAUGCACUUAAGGACACAAUAGCAAUCAUAAGGAAUUUGUGUGGUCCUCUCACUCUAUCUUUCUUGUCUUCGUCUCCGACGAGUAUAUAAUGACCAUAAUUUCGUCCUUAUUCAACAUUACAUCUCGUUCACCUGCCAGGAAAAAAACACGUUUGGCGAGGUUAUGGGGAUUUUCGACAAUGCAGUGAUGUUUGUCUUCUGGUUCGCCCAUGGCUACCCUUGGCUCAACAACACGUUGAAGGAAGCUUUGCCAACAGUUUCACCCGCAGUCUUCGGCACCAUAUACCUUCUUACGCUGACCUAUGUAUCAAGCAUCAUCUCACUUCCCUGGGGAUACUACAGCAACUUCGUCCUGGAGGAGAAAUACGGUUUCAACCGCAUGACGAUAAAGACGUGGCUUAAGGACACCAUCAAAGGGUAACAAGCUUUAGUUCAUUUUCGGGUCUUUUUUAUCAACAUCACCGCGUCGAUGAUAUUUCAGGUUGUUCUCUUUUUGUUUUACAAGCACGUGUUAAACAGGGAAAUAAAGCAUGAUCAAACUUCAAUAUCCAAAUCGAUCCUCCCCAUGUCCAAGACCACCUCUCAUAUGUUAUCUUCAAAUUGAAAAGUUACUAGCUAUCAAUCAUCACAGAUGGCUGCUCAUGGGGGUUCUUGGUGGCGUCUUCAUGUAUAUUUUCCUGCUUAUUCUCGUAAACUUCGCAGUGGAAAAGUACUGGUGGUUGCUUGCCAGCUUUAUCAUGAGUUUCCAGCUCGUUAUGAUGAUACUUCAGCCAUGGAUUAUGAAGCUGUUUCUUGAAUUUAUCGCAAUAGAGGAUGGAGUUGCGUUCGUCAGCCGCGGACAGACGGACAAGUUCAUGCGAAACAGGUAGUGCUGCUUAUGAGUAGAGUUCUUUGGAUUGGGAAAUUGUGUCGCUGUGUAUAAGAAAGAGAAACUUUGCUCGUGCGUACCUGUUCUUAUUCGCUUUUACCUAGUUGUGAUCAUCAGGAUCACGCCGGCUGCGGUUCCUAAAGAACCAAUGGGCCGAUUUGAUUGUAAAGAGAUUCUUUUCCUCGUGCGGAUACAGGUAUUUUUAUCCCGCUGGUGAGAAUCUGUGGGAGACGAGGGAUUCGCAGUACAAGGGUCAGCCGAAAGGUGCUUGCCUUGUCCUUCGCAAGGACGCUGAUGACAAGUGGAUAAUUGCCGAUAAGACCAGUAGUUCCAGCACGAGCGGCGAAAAGCAAAGUGAUGCUGCCGCGAAGGAGCUUGACAGCACCGCUGUUGUCCACGCAACGGCAACUAGCGCUGGCGGAUCACUGCCGAGUGACGUCAGCAGUUGGGAUUACUCGAGGGAGGAAGAGGAAAAGGCGGAGUCAAGUUUGUUGGAUACCAAAGUCGAUGAUCCCCUGGACCAAAAACCACUCUGGAUGAAGAAGCUAGACUUCGGAGACCUGCGUGGGCGACUCGAGUCUAUGGCUGCCGAGCACAAGUUCAAGUUUCAGGCUGUCUACAUCAUCGAUGGCUCCACUCGCAGUGAGCACAGCAACGCAUUUUUCAUGGGGUUCGCGUGGUUUCGCAAGAUCUGUCUUUUCGACACCUUGCUCAAAAACUUGUCCGUGGAUAGCGUCUGCGGCAUCAUGGGCCACGAAAUGGGCCACUGCGUCAUGAAGCACAUCCCACGCCAAAUUUUCUACGGCGCAGUGCAGUCCUUUUUCAUGCUGUGGGUGAUGGCGCAGUUCCUGUACAAUAAGACUUUGCACGCAGCUUUCUUCGUGGACGUGAGCAAGCCGGAUAACAUUACGCCAUGGAUUGGGCUUCUGAUCACACAAAUGGCAAUGGCACCGAUCGGAUUCUUUUUAGGGUUGUGGAAAAACUGGCUCACUCGAAAGUACGAGUAUGAAGCGGAUGCAUUUGCUGUGCAGAGCUUCAACAAGAACUACGCCCAAGACUUGGUGAACGGCCUCAAAGGCUUACUGAUGGAGAACAAGUCACACCUGAACCCCCACUGGCUCUUCGUUUGGAUGAACCACUCUCACCCCACGCUGGUGCAGCGCGUGAGAUGGAUCCAAGGCCUCUCCACCAAACGGGAAGGAAAGGACAUCGUCAAGCUCGACGACUAAUUUAGUACAGCUACACGGGUGGAGGGAGAACCCCAACACACGACGAAGUUUUAUAAUGUAUGAUCAUUCAGUCACUGCCAAGCAAAAUAAUAUCGCGGUUGCUUUCCGCAUGUGCUUGAGUGGUAAGGACGCGCGUCCCUCAUGCCCCUGAUGCUAACGAGAACACAUACAAACCUGUAAUUAAAUGUCCUAGAACUAUAUUAUAACAGAGUAGUUUAUAGCACGCAUGGUGCAUGGAGUAGCAUGGAGUGCAUGGAGCGCAGAGCUUUAAGGGGCGCAAGAAGCUCCCCCUUUAGCUCCAUGCUACUCCAUGUGAUCCAUG